AUGGACCAGAAUUUUGGAGUCAGACUGUCAGGUGGCCCCAGUCGAUGUGAAGGAUGGGUGGAAGUUUAUUACAAGAAGGACUGGGCAAGAGUCAUGAUGGAAUCCUGGAGUUCCAGAGAUGCCACAGUGGUGUGUAGACAACUUGGCUGUGGCACUAGGACUCAAAUGCCAAAUUCUUCACAAUACAAGAAAAGCAGUAAAACUGUGUGUCUAAAAGGCUUUCUGUGUUCUGGGAAUGAAAAACAUAUGGGGUCCUGCUGUCAAUCAAAGGAAAGCAUUUGUGCAGAAAGUGCUAAUGCUGCAGUCCAAUGUGUUGAUCAUUUGGGCCUCAGGCUGACUAAUGGAACAAGUGUCUGUGAUGGAAGACUGGAGAUAUUCUAUAAUGGAUCCUGGGGGACAGUGUGUGAUGAUUCCUGGGACUUACCAGAUGCAAAUGAUCUUUCGUUAGAACACCGGCAGCUCCAGUGUGAGGCAGCUGUAAAAGCCAUAACUCCAGUCUCAUAUGGACCAGGAAGUGGACACAUUUGGCUGGAUGAUGUGCACUGUCAGGGGAAUGAAUCAUCUCUCUCGAUCUGUACACAUCGAGGAUGGGGACAACAUGACUGCAGGCAUAAGGAGGAUGUGGGAGUAAAUUGUACAGAAUUCAAGAUGCUACGGUUAACAGAUGGCUGCUCUGGACAACUUCAGGUUUUCUAUAAUAACUCAUGGGGCAGCGUCUGUGCAAAUAACAUGGAUAAAGCAACUGCUGACAAGAUCUGUAAGGAAUUAGGCUGUGGAAGUCUUAAGUCUGAUGUUAAAGAAGAAUUAUCAAAGCUGGACCCUGAUCCAAAAUGGCUGGACAAUGUGAGAUGUAGAGGACAUGAGGCUUCCGUCUGGCAGUGUCCCUCUUCUCCCUGGGGUAAAAAUACAUGCACCAGGACUGAAGUAGCAGAAUUCUCUUGCUCAGGUAAAAGGACAAACAAAAAUAUCUUUUUUAAUACUGUCUUUGGAAUUCAAAUAUUACUGAUCUUAUAG